AUGCCAACAGAUAAUAUAUCUGAAGAAUAUAUUUUAUUCGCAAAAAAGUUAUUAACUUAUUUUAUGUCACAAUUUGCUGAAAUUUAUGGAAAUACCUUUAUGUCUUAUAAUAUUCAUAUCACGCUUCAUUUAGCUGAUGAUGUGCAAACAUUUGGAUCAUCAAAUACUUUUUCUGCAUUCCCUUUUAAAAGUUUUAUGCAGCCUCUCUCAAAAAAAAAAAUUAAAAGUGGUGUAAAACUACUUCAACAAUUGGCCCGUAGAUAUGCUGAAUCUAGAAUUGUAUUACUGUCUAAGAAGAGUUUAAAUUUAAAAAAUGGUUCUAUAAAUGUUCAUAUAAAUGUUCAUAGAAACAAUAAAGAGAGACCUAUACUUCAAGAAACUUGUAAAACAAAAUAUACCGGUUGGAAAAAUGAUAAGUUUGUAGUAAAAUUGAACAAUGCUGAUAAUUUAUUGUUUCAUGAUAAAAAAAAAUGGUGA